AUGGACCUGACUACCGACCCUACGUCGAAUUUCACCACGUUAUUGAAUGUUUCAUUUAAACCUCCUCCUUUGAUUUAUGUCAACGACCACGUCGCACAGACACUGCUGCCAGUGACAGUAGUUUUAUGGUUUUAUAUCGCCAUUGGUGUUUUGGGGAACAGUUUAGUGAUGUUUGUGUACUGGGCACGUAAGAAGCCCGUAAGAGAGGACAGGUACUUCAUCCCGUUAUUGGCACUAGUAGACUUAUUGUCGUGUGUGGUGUCUUCAGGGACUGGAAUAUAUGCACAAACGUACCCAUUAAUAUUCGAUAAUGAUUUCGGGUGCAAGAUGGCAGCGUUUCUGGGUAUCCUUUUUGCAAGCACUUCGGCCGAUUUUCUACUUGUUAUUGCUGUGGAACGUUAUAUCAAGCUUUGUAGGCCAUUUGGUCGCCAAAUGACAAUCUACAUCAAGAAAAUCCUUAUCGUUGUUACCUGUGUUGUUGGAUUGAUAUUAUCAGCCCCUGCUCUCGAUGUGUAUAAAGUAGAACAGGUCCCCAUGAAAAUUGAAGGCGGGAUCAAACUCCAGACGUGGAAAUGUAUUGACAAAAUGGACGAAAAACACGUAACAGGUCAUAUGAUAUACAAAAUCGUACUGUUUAUGGUUACUGUUGUUAGAUUUGGUGUGCUAUUCUUUUGUUACGGAAACAUUAUUAAGAAAUUGUACAAUCACAGUAAACAUAGACAGAGACUGGGGUCUUUUCUCUCAUGUACGAACACUUCGAUCACUUCCACUGAAGAUACAGAAAAUCACGUCGGGUUAAAUCAACUAAACCAACAAAGUAUGUCCGCAGAUGAUGCCAAUGAAAAGAAUGAAACCGCAAUCAAUGGGAAGCCAAACCAGAAAGUUGGAACUGAGCCACGGAAGGUUUCUGGAGCUGCUCAGAAAGUUUCCAAACGGAAACAAAGUGUGGUCUCAAUGACGGGAUCACUUGGAAGAAGAGGGAGCAUGGUCGACCGACAGGGAAUCCGUCUCACCUUAAUAUUUAUCCUCGUCACUCUCAUCUACGUCAUCACCUACGGACCAAAAGUCUGGCUGAUGUUAGAACAGACCGUAAACAGAGACUUCUGGUCUUCAAUUCCACCAAGUCGGCUCGUCUUUUACAGGUUUUUACACACAUUCUACAUAUUUAAUAACAUUGUCAACCCCAUUGUGUAUGGAAUCAUGGACAAGCGCUUCAGAUCGGAUUGUCAAAGUCGUUUAAUCAGAUGUAAAAAAUAAAAUAAAUUGUCUUUUUUUCAACAUUAGAUGUAAAAAAAGAAAUCAAUCGUCAUCUUUAAUUCAACAUUAGAUCUUAAAUCUACAUAUUUAGUAACAUUGUCAACCGCACUGUACAAUCAUGGACAAGCGCUUCAGAUCGGAUUGUGAAAG